AUGUCCAAAUUCUUCAAGAAAAAAACUUCUAUCACCCCCGCAGCAUCCUCAUCCAGCGGUUCUUCAAACAACCCAUUUCUCAAAACACCUUUAACCCGGGAACUGGUGACUUCCUGGUCCACGAGCCUGGAGACCCUUCUAGCCUGCCAACGUGGUCGCGAGCAAUUCCUCAAGUUCUGUGAGCAGGAACACUCGGAAGAGAAUCUCGACUUUUGGGAGCACUGCGAAGCGUUGAAACGGAAAACGGACCAGCAAGACAUCAAGCGAUUCGCUCAAAGAAUGUUCAGCAAAUUUUUCAACGAAGCUGGCAAGUACGAAUUGGGUGUGAGUCAGGAAAUACGGGAUGGAAUCAGACGGGAGAUGAUGAACCCAACCAUUCAUACGUAUGAUGUUGCUCAGGCGUUCAUUUAUAGUUUAAUGCAGCUCGAGUGCUAUCCAAGGUUCAUUCAAAGCCAGAUGUAUAAAGAUUUGAAGGAAAAUUCAACGUAG